UGCUCUCGCUACCGAUUUCACCUCUUCCUUUACCUCUUCUUCUUCCUUCUUCUGUCCUGUUUCUUUUCAUCUUAUCUAUGGCGGAGAGUCCAAUUUAUAUUGCCUUAUGGCAUUUGUUGUCAGAUAUUCUUUGUGGUUAAGAUACUUGAGGCCAUGCCUGCUACAAAAAAAGAGUUCUGAUUGCAGUCACAUUGGCUAUGCAUUCGGUAAGUUGAUGAAGCAAAUUGGAAAUCCAGUUGAUUUUGAGCUGCCAGAUUGGUUUAAUAAGUGGAAGCCUACAUCCUACACCUUAAUAAGGCGCAACAUAUAUCUCACAAAGAAGAUUAAAAGGCGUCUUGAGGAUGAUGGCAUUUUUUGUUCUUGCACUUCAUCACCAGGUUCUUCUGUGUGCGGCAGAGAUUGCCACUGUGGGAUGCUAUUGUCUAGUUGCUCCUCAGGCUGCAGCUGUGGGAGUUCAUGCCUCAAUAAGCCAUUCCAACACCGACCUAUCAAAAAAUUGAAAUUAGUUCAGACCGAGAAAUGUGGGGCGGGCAUUGUGACAGAUGAAGAUAUUAAGCAUGGAGAGUUCGUAAUAGAAUAUGUGGGGGAAGUUAUUGAUGACAAGACAUGUGAGGAGAGGCUUUGGAACAUGAAGCAUCGCGGAGAAACCAACUUCUACUUAUGUGAAAUCAAUCGUGAUAUGGUAAUUGAUGCCACAUACAAGGGGAACAAAUCCAGAUAUAUAAACCAUAGUUGCUGCCCCAAUACUGAGAUGCAAAAAUGGAUAAUUGAUGGUGAAACAAGGAUUGGCAUAUUUGCAAUGCGGGAUAUAAAAAAGGGCGAGCAUCUGACUUAUGAUUAUCAGUUUGUCCAAUUUGGUGCAGAUCAAGAUUGUCACUGUGGUGCGGCUGGCUGCAGGCAAAAACUGGGGGUCAAACCUAGCAAGCCAAAGAUGUCAUCAGAUGCUGCACUAAAGCUAGUAGCAUGCCAGGUGGCAGUAUCCUCUCCUACAUUGAAGGCUGUGUUAUUUGGAAAAGAUAAUGGAGGUCUACCUGUUGGAACUUCUCGGCAUGCUCAUAAGCGACGACAGAUACGCUUGCGGUGCUGCAUUGGUGAAGUAAUAAAAAUAUCUCGUCCAAUGAAUGACAGGUCCUUUGGGAUUAUUAAACAAUUUGACAAGUAUUCGAAGAAGCACUUGGUCAUGUUUGAAGAUGGUGUCGUGGAAUUUCUUGAUAUGUCGAAAGAGGAUUGGGAGCUUGUAACUUUGUAAGGUCAAUUACGGGUACUAUUGUUAAGAAGAUAAUGGUGGCGGAAAGCCUAAUUGGCCAUGAAAAUGCCCAGCUUUGGCUGCUGUGUUUUAGAGCAAUGCCCAUCCUUGCAAGGGGUCUCUCUAUUAUGUUGUUUUUCUUUCUUUUUUCUGCAUUCAGUCGGAUAAAAGCCUAUCAGUGCUCUUUUAAUUGUUCUAUCAUGCUUGAGUCCAAGUCAGGACAGGCUAGAGCUUGAGCCUAGGCCCUCGACACUUGCACAUGGUUGAGAAGGUUGAGGAUGGAUGUUGUAUCAAAUGUAGUUUCCUAUUCUUUUCUAUGUCAAUAAAAUACCUUUGUGAAAUUAUACUAUGAACCCAUUGACAUUUGUCAACCAAUUACGGCCAUUAUGUCUCCCUAAUUGGCUGAUUAAUGCCCUUUGCCCUACUUUAAUUAUCAACUGGAGAAUUUGCCUUGCUACGUUUGGGA